GCUCUUUCUCUCUCUCUCCUCUCCUCUCCUCUCCUCUCCUCUCUCUCUCUCUCUCUCUCUCUCUCUCUCUCUCUCUCUCUCUCUCUCUCUCUCUCUCUCUCUCUCUCUCUCUCUCUCCCUCUCCCUCUCCCUCUCUUUCGCUCUCGCCCCGCCCCGCCCCCCAACCCCCCACGUGUAGAUUUCCAGCUGCCUGUGUAUGACACGGGCAUCCGUAUAUGUAGGAAAGGGGGGCAUUGAUAUUCAGGAAGGUAGAGAGGCAGCUGGUCACCGGAGAAUCUAGGGACUAGGUUCCCAGACUGCCUGUGUCUCCCAGCCAGGCAACUAGGAGCUGAGGACGAUUUCGAAGAUCAAGGAGUCCAGGAAUGUAAUCUAGGAUGCUCAUUCUCAGGUUGCUCAAUGUGGUAGCCCCAGUCUACUUCUUGUGCAUCUCUCUGGUGACCUUCAUCCUGCAGCUCUUCCUCUUCCUCCCCAACAUGUUCAAGGACCCCACAAUUACCCCUCUCUUCUCUCCGGCUCUGCUACAUGGGGCUCUCUUCCUCUUCCUUUCUGCCAAUGCUCUGGGCAACUACAUCUUGGUGAUUCAAAACUCACCUGAAGAUAUGGGAACUUGCAAGAAUGCAGGGGCUAGAGGAGUGGGUACCCCUUCUGAGUGGCCAGAGGCAGGCAGGAAGGCCUCAUCCUCUUCACAGAACACCCACUUUUGCAGGCUCUGUGCUAGAGUGACCCUGAGACACGACCAUCACUGUUUCUUCACAGGAAAUUGCAUCGGAAGCAGAAACAUGAGAAACUUCAUUAUGUUUUGUCUUUAUACCUCCUUGGCUUGUCUCUACUCCAUGGUGGCUGGAGUCGCCUAUAUCUCCACUGUACUCUCCAUCUCUUUUGCCCAUCCUUUGGCAUUCCUAACACUCCUGCCUCACUCCAUUAGCCAGUUUUUCUCAGGAGCUGUCCUUGGUUCUGAAAUGUUCGUCAUCCUCAUGCUAUACCUCUGGUUUGGAAUUGGACUGGCUUGUGCUGGCUUCUGCUGCCACCAACUCCUGUUGGUCCUCAGGGGACAGACCCGACACCAGGUUCGGAAGGGGAUGGUGGUGCGUGCUCGCCCUUGGAGGAAGAAUCUGCAGGAGGUGUUCGGAAAGAGAUGGCUUCUGGGCCUCCUGAUCCCCAUGCUCAAUGUGGGGAGUGAUUACCCUCGACAUAAGGGCAAAUAACAGUCCUGCCCUUUCUGGCUUUCUCUCUCACACACCUUUUCUUUUCUUUCCCUCUAUCUCUGACUGAACACAGGCAUAUGUUCUUGUUUCUACACAUGAUCUACUAGAAUACUCAGCAGUAGGGAAAGGUCAAGUCAACUCUCAGCAUCCCAACCUACAAUCAAGUAAAUAGGUAGUAUUAAAUAGAGGACCAACUGCCUCCUCAGUAGACAGGAAAGCCAAAAACCCAGAAUUCUGAUCCUUAUGUCACUAGGAAAACAAACUGACAAGACAACCAUGAAUUCCCUUAGGAAUGACUCCCACUGCUCUCAGAACUUCUUCUUAGGUCCCUUCUCUCCUCGCCCCCAACUUUCUAAUCCCUUUGUCUCCACUUAUAAAAAUUAUAUAUGAUGUCAUCUGUGUAGUCUUCCUCCAACACCCUGGUGAGGGUAAGGUUGGGGAAUAUUGGAUUGCUGAGGUUGAUGCAAGUCUCAGAAUGACCUUGAGGCAAUGAGAAAUGUUUAAAAAUAAAAUAUAUGAGAGGCAGCCAAGUAAGUGCUAGCCCCUAUCCUGCCAACUACAGGAAAGACUAAGAGAAUUUUAGAAUAAUAAUAAUAAUAAUAAUUUACACUUAUAUAGUGACUUAAAGUUCAUAAAGCACUUUGCAUCUAUUUAUCUCACUUGAACCUUGCAGCAGCACUAUGAGGUAGAUACUACAGGUAUUAUUAUCCCAAUUUCACAGAUCAAGAAACUGAGGCUCUUCACACUUUAGUGACUUACCAUGGUUAUUUGGCAAGGUUGGUGGGAUUUGACCCCAGAUCUUUCUUUCUUUUUUUUAAACCCUUACCUUCUGUCUUGGAAUUAAUACUGUGUACUGGUUCCAAGGCAGAAGAGUGGUAAGAGCUGGGCAAUGGAGGUCAAGUGACUUGCCCAGGGCCACACAGCUGGGAAGUGUCUGAGGCCAGAUUUUAACCCAGGACCUCCCAUAUCUAGGCCUGGCUCUCAAUCCAUUGAGCUACCCAGCUGCCCCCCCCCAGAUCUUUCUUGACUUCAGGCCUAGCCCUUUUAUAAUAUCCCACAUUGCCUCACAAUUUUAAUUUUGGAAAAUAUCUUAGAAACCAUGGAAUUAAUCUCCUCCAUUUUGUAGAAAAUGAAGUCCCAGAGAUUUUCCAUAGUUAAUCAGUGGGGAAACUGGUACUGGAGCCCAGAUUUCCUGAUUUCCAAUAUAGUACAGAUUCCCUCCAUGCCCCCUCUCCUCCAGUGCCUGAGAACAAAAAGAAAGAAAGGCUCAUUCAGUUACUCCUUUUCAUAACACAUCAAGGUGACAGCAGAUGGCCUUGUAUUUUUACUUUCCAAUCAGCCAGCUGUCCUGCCCACCCUACCCCACCCUGUCUCUGCUGCUUACCAUAGCCCAGAGCUUAGUGAUCAGUUUGAUUUUAAAACCAAUUGCUCCUCAUCAACAUGGCUCCUUUCCAGCUCUUCUUACUUGGUUGGCAGCCAGGAAGACAAGGACAGAAGUCAGAAAGAUAAAAGGGAGAAGUGAAGAAAAAUUGGAGAGGUAUAUGAAGGUGUUCAGUGGCUCUGUGUGUGUUGGGUCAGCAGCAUGUCACUGCAGUGUGUUGGGUCCAAGAAUGAAGGGGACUAAGGUUAAAAUAGAAAGAGUAUUUGGCAAAUGUGUUCAUUUGAACUCAGGUAUUACAGAAGGAGACUCACUGAAGAAAGCAGAAAUCUUAUAGUCCAUGUAGAUAGAAUCAUGUGAGGGGCAGCUAGACCUGGAUUUGGGACAUCCUAUUUACCUAGCCUUGCUGCUCUUCUGUCUUAGAACUGAUAUUAAGUGGGCAACUAAGUGGCUCAAUGGAUAGAGAGCCAGGGCUAGAGAAGGGAGGUCCUGGGUUCAAAUUUGAUCUCAGACACUUCCUGAGCAAGUCACUUAACCCCCAUUGCCUAGCCCUUACCACUCUUCUGCCUUUGAACCAAUACACAGUAUUGACUCUAAGGCAGAAGGUAAGGGUUUAAAAAAAAAAGAAUUAAUACUAAGACAGAAGUUAAGGGUUUGUUUGUUUUUUUUAAAGAAUCACAUGCAUAUAGGAUUUCAGACCUGGAGGGUUCUUUGAGGUUGUAAUGUCCAAUUCCAUCAUAUUUUAGAAAAGUCCAAAGAAGUGAUAUAAAUGACCCAAAGUAAUCCAAGGACAUGACAGAGCCAGAAAAUCUAGAUUUUCUGAUUCCAAAUCCAGUGCUCAUUAUUCUAUGCCUCAUUUCAGCUCAUAUAACAAAGACCUUUUGAAAUCUUAGAUUUUCUAAAAAAUGGAAUGGGUUGGCUUAUGUUAUAGUAGCCUCUUUAUCUCUAGAAGUAUUAAAGAAAAGCUGGAUAAAUUAAUGUCAAAGAUUAGGUCAUUUACCACACCUACAGUAACCUCGAAGGGGAGAAUGAAUAGUAGAUCCGGGCUUUUUUUUUUUUUAAACAAGCCAGAUUGUGGAGAGUCCUUAUUAUUGGCAACCAAGUAUUCUACAAAUCUAAGAAUCUCUGACUUCAAUUACCUGUACUGGAUUAGAAAUGGGGAAUAAAGAAUCCUGGCCCUCUCCUAAUUCUAUAGAGCUUCCAUCAGCUCAUUCUAAACUCUGAAGCUGGUGAUACAGUUUCCUGGGGGCUAAGGGUAUACUGUGAAUGUGAGUGAAGUAUAACUAAAGAAGAGAAGUGGGACAGGUGAAAGGUAGGGAGACAAAAAUCUGAUUUCUAUCAACAGGGAGUGUGGAGGAACCAAGUGACACUCACACACACAGUACUGUAUUUUCAACAAUGAGUGACAAUAAAGUGUUUGUUUUUUAAAAUUUA